AUGGGACUUCAAAGGGCCUGGGACGAGGGUUAUCGAAAAGUGCAGCUCCAACUCGACUCGCAGGUGGCAGUGAAGCUCCUCCAGGAUACGGGCUACAGGGAUCACGCCCAAGCCGGGGUGCUGAGUAGAGCUCAUGAGCUGAUCUCGAGGGAGUGGGAAGUCGACAUCAAACACAUCUACAGGGAAGGGAAUAAAUGUGCUGAUUUUCUGGCCAACUUGGGACAUACCCUUGAUAUUAAUCUCCACUGUACCCCAAUCGACCAUAGCUGUCUGAACCACCUACUUUUGUAUGACAUGCAGGGCCUUUCAGAGCCUAGAGAUAUCUUAAUAAAUUGA